AUGAUAUAUUUUUCAAAUCAGAUACAUGUAACAAGACGCCAAGAAUAUGAACCUGCAAAUUUAGAGUGUAUUUGGUUAGAAAUCGAAAACCGUACCUGUAAAUACUAUCUCUGCUGUAUUUAUCGACCUCCAAACGCUGAUGCCAGUUUCUGGACUAAACUUUCAUGGAGUUUAGAUAAAGUAGGAGAAUCAUCGAGUAAAAUCAUAAUUGUUGGUGAUAUAAAUGUAGAUCUGUUAAAUACUCCUCAAACACACAUAAUACGAGAAAUAGUUUCAAAUUCCAAUCUUGUCAAUAACAUCCACGUACCAACGAGAAUUUCUAACAAUACACGCACGCUUCUUGACCCAGUUUUCACUUCAGCUGAUAUUCAGGUACAUGAUUCGGGUGUCCUUGAAAUUGACCCAGCUUUUAGUGAUCACAAAGCAACUUAUAUUGCACUAGCCUCAAAUAUAAAUUACAAUCGCGCUUACGAAAGAAAAGUAUGGGAUUAUAAGAGUGGUGACUUUGACAGAUUAAAUUCCUUAAUACAAAAUUGUGAUUGGGAUAAAUAUAUCAAUGAUGCCGACAAUAUAGACGCGGCUACUGACAAUUUUUCAAAUAAAUUUCUCUCUUGUGUUAGACAAUCUUUCUGUGAAAAAACAAUUACUAUUCGUCCACGAGAUAAACCUUGGAUGGACUCCAUUCUGCGUAAAACGCUAAGACUUAGAAAUAGAUUACGAAAUAAGGCAUUAAGAACGAAGAAAGAUUCGGAUUGGGCUGAAUUCAAAAAAGUUCGGAAUACGUUCAAUAACAUGAAAAAAUACGCUAUAGCUAAUUACUAUGACAGUAUAGAAAUGCAUCGAGUAGACGCAAACAAAAACAACAACAAAUUGUAUUGGAAACUAAUGAAGGACGCAUUUAAUGUUAAAUCAUCCAAUGAUAUCCCUCCAUUACAAAUUACUACCGAUAAUGGGAAAAAUAGCUUAGCCUUUUCUGAUCAAGAUAAAAUUGAAGCACUCAACAGUUAUUUUUCAUCCAUCUCGUGUAUUGAUGAUAAAAAUCAUAGUCUACCACAAAUCUACUCUUCAUGUAGUGAUAAUCUUAGUAAUAUCAUAAUUGAUGAACAAGAGGUAGUUGACAUUAUUUCAAUAAUUCCUGUUAAUAAAGCCAGGUCCCGACUGCAUCAGUCACAAAAUGCUUAA